GACUUCAAGAGAUUGGAAGAAGUUUUGGAUGGAGCCACCGUUCCUGCACACAUUCGGGCGAUGAUGUUGCUCACCUUCGGCGGCCUGGACAUGAAGGAGCAGCUCAAUGUAUUGAGCAGCGUCGGAAAUGAGUACGACUUUAAGAAGAUCGGCCACGCCUUGCGCAUCCAGUACCCGAACUGCGCUGGCAAGCCGGUGUUCAGGAAGGACUACCUCGGAGCAGGCCGCUCCUCGGGCCCCACCUCGGCGAUGAAGCCAAGGCUCAAGGGACACCCGAAGGGCAAGGGCCGUGGCUAUAUCCUCGCCGUGCAAGAGGAUGACACCACGGAUGACCCGGGGGACGCCAGCGAGGCCUACUUGGACGAGUUUGCGGACCCCGCUGAGGAUGACGAGGCCUUCUUUGCGAACGACCUUCCCGAGGACCACGGCGAGCAGGACUUCACCGAGGAUGAUAUUGCAGAUGCCCUGGCUACCGUUAUGCAGAACAAGAAGAGGAGCGCUCCCUCUUCCAAGGGCAACCCGGGCAAGACGCAGUCCUUUGGCUUCCGCGCACAGGGCGAGCUGAGCAUCGACCAGAAGGCCCGCGAGAACCGGAAGCAAGCAGUGAAGUUCCUAAAGCAGGUGACGCCGUGCACCUCGUGCGGCCAGCGUGGUCAUUGGCAAGGGGACGAUGAAUGUCCCAACAAGAAGCGUGGCAAGGGCACCCCCACUCCGAAGAGAAAAGGGGGAUCUCCGAAGAAGAAGCCAGCCACCAACCUUUUCGUGCUCCACGAGGCCCUGGAGCAAGACUAUGCCGAGGAGCCGGACGGCCAGUACUUCGUCGUCGGCGCGCCCCCCGGCAACGCGGACAACCUCCAGGCCGAGCGCAGCGAGCACCACACGAAGCACCACGAGCACUGUGAGCACCACACCUUCGAGCAAUACCGCGAGCAGGCGCACGACCUACCCUUUGACAACCUCUUCGAGGCGCAGAGCACCCCCGACCACGAGGUCCUGAUGACGCUCAAGACGGACAUCUGCCACCACGCCGCGUAUAACGGGGGCAAGGAGAAGAAGUUUCUACGUGCCGCGAACGGCCACACGAGGACCGUGCAGUGCAAGGAAGACGAAUGCGGCAGGAGUGUCCUUUCUGCCAAGCGGAAGGAGCCCGUUGAGCUCUGGGGCUUCCUCGUGCAGAUUGCCCUUUGCACCCUUUGGGGCUCCAAGGCGAGGUCGAGGGCGUUCUGGCAGCGCAUCAGCACCGUGACCCUCGAGCACCAGGAGGAGAAGGACAAGAAGCAGCUGCUGGACAUCCGGGUCCAGCUGAGCUCAGAAGGGCCACUCGGCGAACCGCCCAGCGGAAGGAGCUCGCCUUGGCAAGUUCUUAGCCCACCUGGGCGGCCCACUCAAGGCCCUAUGUCCACACGGGCCACCGGGAGCGAGCAACCUGGACGGACCACCGAAGGCGGCUACCCCAUGGCGAAGAUCGUGCGGCCCGGUGCCGUUGGAUUACCUACGUGGCUCUACGGCAUCAAGGUCGGCCCGGGAGAAGCUUUGCCCGAUUUUCCUAUGCUUGGCGACUCCGACCGCGACAUCUUGCACCCACUCCCGUGCGACAUGGACCUGUGUGGCACCAGCACUCCCUUCUGCGGCGUGACCUUUGACCAACUCGGUUCCAAGGCCGAAUAUUCGUGGUAUUGCCAGCAGGUUCUCACCUUUGCGCUGGAGAACCAGCCCAUGCAGCCCGAGACCUACCGUCUGGCUUUCUACUUGUUCGGACGUGUUCGCCUAAUACAGCAGGCCCUUGAGCGCGAGCACGGCACCUACGCAAGGCGAGGCGAAAAGAGGACGAGCCGGCCGUCUGAUAUGAUAAGCACCAGGACCCUCCGAGUCCCCAUCAGCACUGACCCCAAUCGACCCGACAUGGCUGCCGAGCACGAUUGCGAGGUGAUGGUGGUCACUCCGGCCGACUCUCCUGCUGCCCCGAGCCAGAGUUCCGACGAGUGGCAGCUCGUGGCGCCUGAUGGCGCGCCCGAGGUCUACGUUACAUGCAGCGAGGACCCCCCUGGGCUGGCGAUCCUUGACUCCGGGUGCACCCGAACGAUGCACGGGUCUACUUGGGCGGCCCGCUUUGAGGAGGCCCUGAAGGAGAAGGGUCUCGAUUUCGAGACCAUGGCGAGGACCCAGACUUUCCGAGCAGUCGGCGGCGAGAUCCGGAGCACAACAGCGAAGGUGUACCCCAUUGGCAUCGACAAGGUGCACGGGAAGAUGUUCAGCGCCGAGGAGCUGGGCACGGUUAUGGACAUCGGGCGCGGUGUCGUGAGCUUCAACGCGAUUGGCGUGAAGGACCUGCCCCUGGUCAAGACCAAGAAGGGACACCUCGCGGUCAACCUGCUGGAUUUCAACCCAGACCAGCUUACAGACUUUAACGCGAUCCAGCACGGUCCCGAGGACAAUGACGACGGCAAGCAGGAGCCCACCGAGGAGGACAUGGCCGAUUACCUUCAAUACCACGGCUAUCCAGAGGAGCAUGGCGUUCCUGAGGGGUGGAAUCCCGACGAUUGGUCGGAUUACCGGGACGAGCUGGACUUUAUGAGGCGCGACGUGGAAGGCUAUGAGCGCUUCCUUGCGGAACUUGGCCCCGACCACGGGCCGAACCUCUCCGAGGGUGACGUCACCGAGGACACCAGCUACUUUCAAGAGGCCAUUGCCACUCACCCGGCGCACAAGCGGCGAGCAACAACGAGGAAGAGCAAGAAGCUUUUCGCCCUUUCCCAAGCUCUGGAUGGUGAUGAUUGGCAGCGGCGACAGGUGUUGCGCGGAGAACCCGGGCGACCGAAGGGGCCACCGUACGGCAAGACAUGGCUUAAGCAGCUCUUUGCCUGCCAGCUCGGUUUUUCCCUCGCCUUGGCGACCCUCGGCAUGAUCAUUGGCACGCCCCUCUCCUACCACGACGGCGGCUGGGAUCCGACAACAAAGCCCGGACGGAAGCAGUUGGCACAAGAUCUCAAGGCCGAGGACCCGUAUGUUCUUGUUGUUGGUGACCCCGGCGAGGCCUUUCAUGACUUCAAGAUCGUGGGUUUAGACCUGAAUCGGGCGGGCCUCCGCAUAUCCCUAGCCGAUCUGGUGACAGAGCACAAGGAGAGGGUGCUGAAGACUAUCGACAAGAUUGUGGGCGACCGCGUGAAGAGCAACCGCCACGUGUUCAUCCAGCAGCCACCCGGGCACGAUUGGACAAACGAGCCCAUCCUUGCCAACGUCGGCGGCAUGAUCAAGAGAGGUGAGCUUCUGCGACUUGAGCUUAGCGGGCAGUUGCUGGAGAUCUCGGCCGGCACGGCCGACCAGACGCACACCUUCUUUACCACAAUCCUUGUGGCUGAGGACAGUUUCUUGGCUUACGCGGCGGGAGCGACGCAGCCACACGGGCUCGGCAACGAAAGGCCACCGAAGCUCACCGAGAUUUUCCUGGAGACUUUGGUCCAGCAAGCGGCUGUGGAGCACUAUGCUGCUAACGGCGUGCAGGAAGCCUUCCCCACAGCAGUGCCACCGACACCCAAGAGACGUCGGCGAGCAAGACCUACGGCGCUUGAGGAUGAAUACUCUGCGCCGCCUGUGUAUGUACGACCUGAGGCACCAGCUGUUCCCGUCGAUGACGACCCGGCGCUUUCUUCUUUGCUUCCUUCCGGAGGAGACGAUGCUGGAGCCCGAGCCCAACAAGUGCAACAGUUGGACCCCGUCCUCAACCAGACCGAGUCCCAAAGGCGAGCAAACUGGCUGCCCGUUGACCCCGAGCUGCGGAGGACAAUCCGCCACCUCCACAUCCAGUUCGGGCGUUGCACCAACGUGACCCUUCAGAGGAUUCUGCGGAGGCAGGGUGCAAGGACAGAGGCGAUACGAGCCUGCGACCAUUUUGGCUGUGAUGUUUGUGGAGAUACCCUCCGGAGGCGGCGGCCAAAGGCGGUACGACUCCCCAACAAGUACGUGUUCAACGCCCACCUCAUGCUCGACGUUUUCUAUGCUAAGGACAUAAGCGGCACCAACUACGCCUUCCUGAACAUCGUCUGCGAUGCCACGGGCUUUCAAGUGGUGACGUGUUUGGGAGAAGCGCAGGGUCCACCGGCCACCCGAGCGGUACUACGGCACUUCCUUGGUUCCUGGAGCUCGUGGGCCGGCCUUCCCGAAAGCCUACAAGUGGACCGCGGAAAGGAGUAUCUCGCUCUUUUCUCAGAUUACCUCAAACAGUUCGGUGUUGAACAAGAGGUGAUGCCGCUCGAAGCUCCCUGGAAAAACGGGCGAGUCGAACGAGCAGGUGGACUGUGGAAAGAGAUUUUUGCCAAGACAGUCCUGGAGAUGGAGGUGAACGGCCUGGACGAUGUACAGACCACAGCAGCCGUGGUCACACAGGUGAGGAACUCACACCCCAGGACCUCAGGUUACUCUCCGGUGCAAUGGGUCCUGGGCAUUCCUGAGCUCCGUGUUCCGGGCAGCCUGCUCGCCGAUCCUGAGCGCGAGCGUUUGGAGGUGAUGGAAAGCGCAGAGGAUCCUAGUAGUGCAAUGUCUCGCACCCUAGGACUGCGCGAGGCCGCGAAGGUGGCGACGAUCCGAAUGGAUUCCGAUAGCCGUGUUCGCCGAGCACUUUUGCGGAAGUCAACACCAACUCGUGGCCCCUACCCUGUCGGUUCCUACGUCUACUUCUAUAGGGCUCAGGCACAGCCCGGGACUUCGCGAACCUACCGUUGGCACGGGCCGGCAAGAGUGAUAGGAGUUGAGGUCAGGAACCAGCGGCGACAACAAGACCCUGAACCACCGACCGACGGCGGCCAACCUCACACCUAUUGGCUACGCUACGGGGCCACGGUGGUGCUGGUUACCGGGGAGCAGCUUCGCUUUGCUUCCGAGGACGAGCUUCUGGCUGCACACAUGGUUCCGCAAGAGGCCUUGGAGCCUCCUUAUGCACGCGGGGCAAGGAACUAUGUGGAUAUGAGACCGGCUCUGGGGACUAUACCACCCCCUUUGGAGCAGGAAGAGGAGAGGCCACCGCCAAACUCGUUGUCAACUCCCUCUGUGGUCGUGCCUGGCACGAACAUAUCUGUGCUACCUCAAGUACUACCACCGAUCAUAGAAGGCACGAACGAGGGCGGAUCUUUGGACAAUAUUGGCGCGGCCGGUGACAAUGCAGUCCCUCGAGAUCCUCAGCAAGACCAAAGGACGGGAGGCCCCGAGAUGGAACAACAGGUUCCAGUGAACAAUGGUGACGAUGCAGUCCAUCGAGAUCCUGAGCAAGACCAAAGGACGGGAGGCCCUGGUACAGUCGUAGACCAGAACAUGUCACGCAGGUCAUCGGAGGCCAUUACAGAACCAGAGCCGUACCCUACACCGUCUUUUCGCCCCGCUGAAGCACCUCAAGCACAACUUCCACCACAGCCUGCCGUACCUGAUCAAGGCACCGCUGCUUACAGACCCGUGAGGCAACCGCUUUUGCGACAGCAGCGUGGGCAGGACCAGGCUGGACCCUAUGCCGCAGAGGAGGCAGACUGUUUAGGCGACGCUGGCUCUAUGUGGGACGACGCAGACCUACCUGAGGUCGUCCGUGCCGCCAACCUGAAGCGCAUGGUCAAGGACUAUGGCGACUGCCCCGAUGGGAUCCUUGAGGGCGAUUUCUUCGGAGGCACAAGUUCUGAAGAAGGCGACCCGGACACCCUGCCAGUGGAAAGCCCCGCCGACGUUCUCCUUACGGGCAAGGCGGUGAAGUCUGAGGUGAAGCUCAAGGAGUUGAGCCAAGGUGACCGAGAGAAGUUCGACGCUUCGAUGGCAAAGGAAUGGGCUUCGUGGCAGAAGUUCGGUGCAGUGGAGAAGCUCACUGACGAGCAGAUCAAGCAGCUCCCGCCGGACACACAGAUUAUCGGAACCAGGUGGGUGCACACCGAUAAGAAUGCCAAGCCCCGACUCCUUGCCACCUACCUCUCGAAGAGGACCGGAAAGAGCAAGGCACAGAUCGAGAAGGAGUUUCCCUUCGAGGCGAAGAGUCGACUUGUGGUACAAGGCUGCCAAGAGAACCCACAGGACAUCAGGUCGGACAGCCCCACCGCAAGCCUCCUGGCCUUCAACCUCGUCUGCGCCAUCGCUGUGAUGAAGAACUGGUUGGUCACCGCUUGCGACGCUUCGACGGCCUAUCUCCAAUCCCAGGGGAUCAGUCGUCUGCUGAUUCUUCGACCUCCGAGACCACCACCACCAGGCAUCGACAUCCACGACCUCCUCCGCGCAAAAGGGUCGAUCUAUGGAACAAAAGACGCCGGUCGCUCCUGGUGGAAGAAGCUCUUCAAGACGCUUAAGAAGCAUGGCUGGAUGAUGUCGAAGAUCGAAGCCGCGCUCUUUAUCCUCUCCAAGGGCGGCUCACUGUUGGGUGUCCUGAUUACCCACGUCGACGACCUCUUCAGUGCCGGAGAAGGCCCCGAAUACGAGGCCACAAUCAAGGAGAUGGAGGUCGAGCUGCACCUUAAGGUGAAGAAGGGCGAGUUCCGGUUUUGCGGUAAGAACGUGGUACAGAAGCAGGGCUACAUCGAGCUCGACCAGUUCGAUGCCAUUGAGGGCAUCGAGUAUAUGGCCCUUAGCGCAGACCGCCGCAAACAGCUGGGCUCACCCUUGAGUGAGUCGGAGAAAUCAGCCUUUCGCGGGCUGAUUGGUCAGAUGGGCUGGGUUUGCCGCCAGAGCCGACCGGACAUCAUGGUCAACGUCAGCUUGGCCUCCCAGACCAUGGGCAACCCCACCAUCAAGGAUGUCGUCAACCUGAACAAGGCAGUGAAGAUGCUAAAGGAGACAUCCGAUGCAACGUGGAGGUUCUGCCAGUCUGACUUAACCUUGGAGGACGCCGUUGUCUUCUGCUUCGCCGACAGCAGCUUCUCGAACGGCCCUGGCAUGAAGUCCCAGUGUGGAUACGUGAUCGGGUUUACCUCGGGCGAGAUCACCAAGGGAAAGACCACACCCCUCUACAUCCUGGAGACCUACUCGGGCGGGAUCAAGCGAGUGUGUCGGAGCACCUUGGCGGCCGAGGCAAAUGGAUUCCUGAUGGGGGUGGAGGCGGCCGAGUACCUCCGGAGCAUCCUCAUGGAGAUCCUGCACCCCGACAUCCUGCUGCGGGACCUGGAGUCGGAGUUCCUCAAGAGCAAGAUCGCCUGCUUUACGGACGCCAAGAGCUUGGAACAGACUCUGAACAAGGACGCUGGGCAGCCCCAGGACAAGCGUGUCAGGAUCUUGGUGGCUCAGAUAAAGGAGAUACUGGGCGGCCCAGACUACGAGAACGAUGCCAGUGCCUACGCUAUUUGGGUGGAUACUUCGCAGAUGCUUGCGGAUGUGCUUACGAAAGCCGGCUGUGAACGCGAAGCCCUACUGAGUGCUCUGCGCGAGGGCUGUUGGACCUUAGAGCCUACGGAGUCAGCUAAACAGAAGAAGCUGAUGAUCAGGGCCGGCAGGCACGCGCGCAAGGCAGCGUCCAAGACAAGGACGGGUGAAAAUCCACCAGCCUAG